UGAGCUUCAAGUAGAAGACCGGAACAAUCUGACACUUUUAAAGCAUCUUUUCUGGGUGAUAAGAACUUCUGAAGCUCAGGAAGAUCCUGAAAGAAAGCUCUUACUAACUGAUAAAACUAAAAAUAAGCACAGAGGAAGCACUGAUGGAACAGCAGAGAAGAACACAACCUAAAUGUGGGACACAAGUUCCUUCAACACAACCUGAGGAGGACAAAAUGAUCUGAGGGGAGUCGUGUGUUGUUCUGUUUAAGCCGACAAUCGAAAAGACGUCAUGCUGUCUGCGCAGGGAAUCGGUGUUCUGGCUGUUUUCCACAGUGUCUUAACAGCUACUGCCCUGAUAGACUCGGAUGACGUCAUCACACGAGACGAGCAGAUCUACGUUCUGAUUGGUGCUCAUGCCAGGUGUGAAAGGAGCAUCCAGGCUCAAAUGUCCCUCGUUAAAGAAGGUGACUGCGUCCCAGAGUGGGAUGGGAUCAUCUGCUGGCCGCGGAGCCGAGCAGGUCAGCUGGUGUCAGUGUCGUGUCCAGAGUACAUCUACGACUUCAACCACAGAGGACGAGCCUAUCGCCAGUGUGAUGCAUCGGGGAGCUGGGAGCUGGUGCCCAGCAUCAACCGCACUUGGGCAAACUACACCGAGUGCACCAGAUAUCUGACCUCCAACCACAGAAGCCACGAGGAGAAGGUGUUUGAGCGACUCCAUCUCAUGUACACCGUUGGCUACUCCAUCUCUCUCGCGUCACUGCUGGUGGCAGUCUCCAUCCUCUGCUAUUUCAAGCGUCUCCACUGCACUCGCAACUACAUCCACAUUCACCUCUUCACCUCCUUCAUAUGUCGAGCGGUCAGCAUCUUUGUGAAGGACGCUGUGCUCUACUCCAUAUCUGAUGACAGCAGAACUGAGUCUGAGCUCACAGCAGAGAAGCCCCAUAUGGCUGGUUGUAAAGUCGCUGUUACUCUCUUCCUCUACUUCCUGGCAACCAAUCACUACUGGAUCCUGGUGGAGGGUUUGUACCUCCACAGCCUCAUCUUCAUGGCCUUCCUGUCCGACAAGAACUACCUGUGGGCCCUGACCAUCAUCGGCUGGGGAGUUCCAGCUGUGUUUGUGUCCAUUUGGGUCAGUGCACGAGCUUCCCUAGCAGACACUCAAUGUUGGGACAUCAGCGCUGGAAACCUGAAGUGGAUCUAUCAAGUUCCCAUUCUGGCAGCCAUUGUUGUAAAUUUCCUCCUUUUUAUUAACAUAAUUCGUGUCUUGGCCUCUAAACUGUGGGAAACCAACACUGGGAAACUGGACCCCCGACAGCAGUACAGGAAGCUGCUCAAGUCCACAUUAGUCCUCAUGCCCCUGUUUGGAGUUCACUACAUGGUGUUCAUGGCUCUUCCCUACACUGAGGUGUCUGGGCUGCUGUGGCAGGUGCAGAUGCAUUAUGAGAUGUUCUUCAAUUCUUCACAGGGUUUUUUUGUGGCUUUUAUCUACUGCUUCUGCAACGGAGAGGUGCAGGCCGAGGUGAAGAAGGCGUGGUUGAGACGCAACCUGGUGCAGGACCUCAAACAGAAAGCCAGGAUGACGAGCAGCGGCGGUGGAGGCAGCUGCUACUACGGCGGCAUGAUGUCCCACACCACCACCCACAGCGUCAGUUUAUCUGCUGCCCAUCCCAGAGCUCUGUCCUUCACCGGAGCAGUGGUGGGCUCAGGUGGGGCUGCUGCCGGUGGGUCAGGGGUCAGAGCACCGCGCCACGCUUUCCCAACGUCCUCCCCCCACCCUCACAGCAGCCUCCGCGGACUCGCUGCCGGCGAUGUCGAGACCUCGGGACCCCAACAGGAACUGGCCCUGUGGAAACCAGGGGGGGCUGAGUCAGGGGUUUUUGCCAGACAUGCCAGAGCCAGUAAAGGAAAUGAUGUCUACAAAAGUCAUGGAGCAGAAGAUCCAGACAACAGCUUAUCUGUGAAAGAGCUGGAGACCAUCUUGUGAUUGUUGCUGCUGAGGAAGAUCUCGUUACACGAUCAAAGGCUGCUGGAGAGAGCUUGUGGUGAGACUGUUUUGUUAACAUCACUGAAGGUUUAUGGGUUUUUCUGUUGAUGGGGUCACAUUGGAGCCACACAAACAAGCAUGAUGACACCGAACACCUUUACUUAUUAUGUUGCACCAAAUCAAACUGCAUGAGUGUUUGUAGAGCUGUGACGACUAGUUGUCAACUAUUAAUCUUCAACUGUUUUGUUAAUGAACAGGUGGUUUUAGUAAGUAAAGAUUCUCUGAUUGCAGAUUCUUAAAUGUGAAUAUUUUCUAGUUUCUUUCCUCGUCUUUGGCAGUAAACUUAAUGUACUUGAGUUGUGGACAAAGAAAGACACUUGAGGACGUCAUCUUGUUCUUUAGUAACAUUAGUUGACUUUUUUCACCAUUUUCUUAUGUUUUAUAGACCAGAAAACUAAUUGAUUAAUCGAGAAAAUAAUCAGCAGUUAUUAGCAGCAGCCGUGAUGCUUUGUCAAACAGAACUUAUGGACUUUUAUGGUCUCUGCUGUCUUAUAAUCCCAACUCUCAAGUUAUGGAAACAAUGUUCAUAUGAGUUUCUUGUGGAUCUAGUUCUAAUGAACUUCUGGAUUUCAUUUUUAUGUGCUUUUAACUGAUAUGAAAAGAUGUAAAAGAAAUGUAAAUAGAUAAAUGUUAAAUAUUCUGUAAAGAUGUGACGCUGCAGAGAAUUUACUGAAGUCAAAGGACAGACCUGGAUGUGUAAAUAGUGAGAAGUUUUCCUCGUCUUUCCUGUGUUGGAUUUUCCAGGCCACACCGGCUGACCUCUCUACUUCAAACAGCACUUCCUACAACGCCCCUUUUUCCAGAGGUCGACCUCCGCAUAUUAGUUAUACAUUUACAAUGAAGAAAACAUAACUUCAGUAGUUACUUUCUCAAACCACCCAUCAUAAUUUGAUAACCUUUAGGAGUCAGUAGCGUCUAGACAUCGUGUCUAGACAAAUCUGUGCGUUAGUUGUUGCCCGUGUCGUCUACACGUUCCUAUUUAUCACUCUGACAGGACCCUGAGGGCUGAUGCACAAACCCUUUGCCCUUUGUAGGCCCAAACCCAGCUCCUUCCUCCGUGUAACCUCUGCCCCCAACGCCUUCACAACACCGUCCAGAAUUUCGCACACUCCCCUCAGGCCUCGGCUCGGAGCUGGAGGCACCUGAGCUGUUUGUAGACCUCGAGCGAUAGUGACAAACCUGCAGCACAAGCCGCCAGCAUUCACAAGAUAAACACACAGGAAACUGUACCUGUAGAUAUUUUUAGGACUGUUUAGGCGUCCAGAACAGAGGACGCCUGGUCUGUGUUUAUAUUUGUACAGUGUAAAAAUUAUUGUGAUAAUUUAAUGAAUGUUUUGUCCUGAGAAUUCAAAUAAACUGAACUCUGAACUAAA